AUGGAGCAGUGCUGCCGCGCGUGCAUGCCCUGUCUAAACCGCUUGUGGAACUGGUUAUGGCCUGAACUGUACUAUCCGAGCGGUACUCCGGCGGCGGAAAUCCGCACGGUGUCGGGGGAGCUCCGCGUGCCGCAGCCCAAGAAGCGGCCUGCGCAGCUUUACGCCGCCCUGUACGACUUCGAAGCCCGCAGCGAGGAGGAGCUGUCGGUAAAAGAAGGAGACAAGCUGUCGGUAAUCGAAAAGCGAGGGAAUUAUGUGCUGGCCAAAAAACUCACAGGAAGCCUCGAGUCCGGCCUGGUACCGGCCAACUACAUCGCGAUGCUGCAGGACGAAUUUGCUAAAUACAAAUGGUACUAUGGGAACAUAAACAGACAGAAAGCUGAGAAGCUGCUUUUGGGUCCCCAAAAUAAAACAGGUUCUUUCCUAGUUCGAAUCAGUGAAAGUCACAGUGAUGAAUACACCAUCUCAGCCAGGAGUGAAACCGCUGUCUUCCAUUUCCGUAUCCAUCGUUCUUCAGUCGGUGCUUACUUUGUGUCUGAUAAAAUCUCCUUUGCCACUUUGGAAGAGCUUAUCAAAUACUAUCAGAACAACCCCAAGAGCCUGGGAUGCCCCCUGGACCAGCCGUGCGUACAGGAGAGGGAGCUGUUUGACAUGGAGCCAUGGGAGACACCGAGAGAAGAGUUUAAGCCGAUCAGGAAACUUGGGGAAGGGCAUUUUGGCGAGGUAUGGGAAGCUGUAUGGACUACUAAGAAACAGAAAGUGGCCAUUAAAAUGUUGAAACAAGAGGACACCAAACUGGAUGAGUUUGUGAAGGAAGUCCAUGCACUGAAAAACCUGCACCACCCAAAGCUCAUUCAGCUGCUUGCACUGUGUACACGGGGAGAACCUGUCUACAUCAUCACUGAACUCAUGGCCAAUGGCAGCCUCAAGUCCUACCUUGCCACCCCAGAGGGACAGGUUUUGACCUCAGCUCAUCUGAUAUACAUGGCUGGUCAGGUUGCAGAAGGGAUGGCCUACUUGGAGGACCGGCACAUUGUCCACCGAGAUCUGGCUGCCAGAAACAUCCUGGUGGGAAGUGACCUGGAGUGUAAAGUGGCUGAUUUCGGCUUGGCUCGUAUUAUAAAGGACAGCGUGUACACAGCCAGUAGGAACACUAAGAUCCCUGUGCGGUGGACAGCUCCUGAAGCGGCUUUGCACCAGCGCUUCUCUGUUAAGUCUGAUGUCUGGUCCUUUGGAGUGCUGCUCUAUGAGAUUAUGUCACGGGGGAAGAUGCCGUACGAGGGUAAAACCAAUAAGGAAGUGUUGGAGAUACUUGCUUCAGGUUACAGAUUGCCAUGUCCAGGUCGCUGUCCUCCCAAUAUCUACCGCAUGAUGAUGGAGUGCUGGGCAGCUGAAAGCAGCAAACGACCAUCAUUUCAUGCACUGCACAGCCAACUGGACAAUAUCUACUCCAGAAUCUACUACAAAACCAUUGAGGUGUAGAACCUAAGUCUGAUGAGGAGCACAAAACAGUCACACAGGAGAGCAAAUGACGGGAUUUACUGAUGGUUUACUGAUGCCGGCUCAGAUAGAGACUGAUGGCCUCUCCCUGCCAAAACUGUAUUUAUGAAUGAUGGGGGGUUUUUUUUAUGAUGA